AUGUUCGCUAACCCAUCUGAAAUUUUAUUUUUGGAAGAAUGCUGUAAGUUUACUCUUGAUCCAGCAAAGUACUUUGAAGCUUUUAUAAUAGAGCCGAUAAAAUAAUAUUCUUGGCUGAUACCUUUAGAUAAUAUUUUUAUGAAAAAUCCAAUAUUUCCAUAUCAAAAACUUCAGAUAUUUUGGACUCAUGUAUUUUAGAGAGACUAAAAUAUCCGUAAAAUAAAAUAUAUAAGUAGCAAAACUAAUCCAUUCGUUUUCUUAGUUUAAAUUAAAAAAAAUAUUGAAUAAUUAAGAGAAAAACCUUGGUAUAAUACUAAAUCAAUUGGAAUACUUAUUGAAUCAUUUAGAAUCAUAGUUUAAAAUUAUAUAAUGACCAUAUUACAAUAUCCUGAUUAAUUUUCACCUUAAAGAUCUAUUUCAGAUAGAGAGAAGGAAUAAAAUUCAGGUAUCUGCUAUUUAUAUGAAGAAAUAUAAAAGUUGAUUGCCAGGCUUUUUGAUAUGUUUGAUUCGAUAGGAUUUGACUCAGAAAUACACAGUUUAUUCAUCUAAAAUUUAGGAGAAUAUUUUGAUAGAAAUUAGCUUCAUUCUCUGAUAAUUUAAUAUUCUAGAAAUUGCAUUUCAAGGGUGUCAAUAUAAUAAUUAAAUUUAGUUUAAUAUCUAUAAUGAUCAAGUAAAUAUCUAUUUUAGAAUAUUCUAACACUAUUUAAAAGAUACAAAAACAAGGGAGUUGAUUAUGUUUGAUUAAAUUGCUAAAUGGUAAGCAAAGUUUUAAAUGAAUUUAGGAAUGUUAAAACAUAAAAAGGUGAUAUUCUGGAAAAAGAAUUUGUUUUAGGUCCUUUUUUUACAAUCUCAUUAUUAUAAGAUAACUAAGAGGUGAGAGAAAGGGCUCAUCAAAAUUUAAAAAGAAAAAUGACAAAGAGAUAAUUUGAGAAUCUUCUUAAAUAAUAUUAAUAAACAUGUUGUAAUUAUGUUGAAAAUUUAACAUCUCUAAUUAGAUUAUGUCUUUCUAAAAAUACAUUUUAACAAACAAUCCAAUUUUUUAAUGCUGUAUGUUAUUGCAAUCGAGACAAAACAAAAGAAGCCUAUUAGCAUAAUAGAUCAUUAAGAAUUAAGUAAAAAGUUUCAUCUGAUGGGUUUAUGCUCAAUUUAUAUGAUAUUUUACUUAAUUUAUCAAAUAAAAUAUCAUUAAGAGCAGAUGAUACAUAUACCAAAAUAGACAAGAAUUUUUGGUUAACAAUUCCAUUUGAGAAUGAUUAAAUGCUUUUAGGUAUUUGAUUCCAAGUAUUAUUAGCCCCUUAAAAACCUUAAAGUAAAUAAAAUUUAUAAAUUGGUAAUGUAAGUUAUUUGUUUUUCUAUACUUUAAAAUUUGUUUAAAUUGGAAUUAUACCAGUUAUUGAUAGAAUGAAGGAUUAGAUAAAAGAUAUUGAAGAUUAAAAAGAAUUACUUGAACUAUUCAAAGAUCUACCAUAAGAAAAAAGUCUUUAAGCAGAAAUAGAAUUUUUAGAAGAAGAAUUACAUCAAUUAGAAUUAGUGAUCUUUAAUCCAGGAAGGAUCAAAGAUACAAUUUAAUUGUUUGAUACUUUCAUUUAUUUAUUUAAAAAUUGGUUAAACAUUCCAAAUUUUAUUAAUGGUUAAGCUUUAUGGCAGAAAACAGAAAUUUUGAAUUAUAUUCCAGAAUUUAUAAUAGAUGAUAUUCUUGAUUAUUUAGUUUUUUACAUGCAACAUUUAGAAGGAUUUACUGAAAAUUAUUUUCAUUAUUAAUAAGUACAUCUUAAAAUUAGAAUUAGUUCAUUAGCUUUGUAGAAAUUGCGAUAUAUUUUAUUCAUAUCCCAAUUGCUACUAAUAAAUAUUUACCAGGCAAAUUUAUAGAAGCUUUAUUUUAUUAUGCCAGAGUGACUAAAAAAUAAAAUUAUUUUAAUUAUAUCUUUGUUUAGAAUGAUUUAAUUAGAGAAAAUUUACUUAUAGGUCUAAUUAAUCAAUAUUCAGCAGUUGGAGAAACUGGAGCAAAUAAUCAAUUUUAUGUAAAAUUCCAAUAUAGAUUUUAUAUUAAUGAUUUUCUCUUAUAAUUAUUAUCGAUACCUAUUUAUUAAUAACAAUUUAAAAAAUAUAUAGGUAUUGAAUAAGGUUAAAGGUUAAUAAAAUUUAUGAUAAGUGAUAUGAAUUAUGGUUUUGAAGAAAUUUGGACAAAUUAUAUAGAAACUUAUUAAAAAAAGGAGAAAGAAAUCGCAAAUAAUAUUGAUUAAAAACACAGAAAAAAAAAAGAACUUGAUUAGCUUAAAGGAUCCAUUUAAUCAAAUUUAAGAAAUAUGAAAUCUAAUUUGAAGUUACUAGUAGAACUUAGCUAUCAUAUUCCAUAAGUUCUAAUGCAAGAAAGUAAAAUAUUUAAAAUAAUUAUUAGUUUUUCAAGAAAUGAUUUUGAAAAUGCUAAAUUAUUACCUUAAUAAUUUUUUGAAUGAAAAAACUAAAGUAAAAUUAGAAGCAUUGAAAUAAAUAGCUGAAAAAUAAUUUAAAUUAGCAAAUUUCUUGUAAGAAAUUGGAACAUUUUUUACAAAUAUAUGUGAUUAGAAAAAAGUUGUAAGUAUCAUAGUAAAGGAUGAAAGAUCUUAUGAUAUUAAGAAUUUUUUGAAAUUAGAGUAAAUGUUUAGAAACAAUAUUGCUGGAUAGUAAGAUAAGGUUGAAAGAUUACAUAAAUUUAUAAAAAAUUUAAAGUUAAAAGCAGAAAAAAAAUAAUUUUUAGAGUCAAUUUUAGAGUAGACCUAGAUCCCAGAGGAAUACUAAGAUCCAAUAUAUGGAGAAGUAUAUUAAAUAAUUAGAUUAGUUAAUAAAAGAUCCAGUUAUGUUGCCUUAAUCUAAAACAAUAAUGGAUAGAAAAGUGAUAAAAGCAGCUUUAUUAGAAAAAAAGGUAGAUCCAUAUACAUUAACUCCUUUAGAUGAAAAGGACUUAAUUCCUUAACCAGAAUUAAAAAAGAAAAUUGAAGAAUGGUUGAAUAAUCUAAAGAAACAAAGAGAUAUUAAAGUGGAAGAAGCUGAUAAGAAUAGAAUGCAAACAGAAAUUCCCUUCAAAUAAACAUAAAGUUUUAAUAUAUAGGAGGAAGAAGAAGAAAAUGUAUUUAAAGGAAAAAGAUAUGAAGAAGGUGAUUGA